ACCAUACUGGCAACAGCAGCACUGAGCACUCAGUCCUGCUCUUACCUGUCCAUAUAUGCAUGAGCUUCUCUCGCUUGCUUGGCCGGCCAAGUAGCAAGCAGUAGGUUCUUCUGUGCAAGCUCGCUCACUCCUCAGUCCCUAGUCUGGCAAGAGAGAAGAGAGAUGGCUCGCCCCUACCACCUGACCCUCCUCUCCGUCUUUUCCUUCCUGCUCCUCACUGGCCUUGUGACUGCUGAUCUGUCCGGAGAGAAUAAAGUCGGGAAGAUUGUGACCAUGACCGUCCAGUACCCGGCCGCGGGCUCACCGCCGGGGGAGAAGACCACGAUCUCAGCGCACUACGUUGACGAGAACGGAGGCGGCGACCGCCGCUUCAACCUCGACUGUGACGAUGACGAGCCCCUCGGUUUCGCCAUGAAGUACCUUAUCACGACCCUGGAGGGGAUACGAGAUACGCGGGAGUCUCGAUCCGAGCUCUAGUACUACCUGGACCUUCACGUACGGUGCUCAGCGUGGUGGAUGGUUGCAUGUCCAGUGCCCAGUGGAAAUUGGAGAAGGAGCUCCCCUUUUCGUCUCAGGGAAAAUAUAUUAGGCGCCUUUUAACUUUGUGUUGUAGUAUCGGACUAUCAGUAAUUAAGGGGAAUUUCUGGUUGUACUUCCAUAUUAUUGUACCCUCUAUCAGUAACCAGUGCCAGUCGGAGAGGUAGCAGUGUGGUAUAGUACAGUGCGCAGGGUGCUUGAGUAUGUCGAUCUUCAAGUAUCUCUGUAUAUAUCUUGGAUUGUGUGUGUCGCUUAGCAUAAGAAAUGAUCGUGUGAAUCUCUUCUGAGUUCGUUCGAGAAAUAAAAUUGUAUUCUUAUGUCUUCUAUUCUAUGCAUUUUCUGCUAAA